GUCUAGACUCCACUCGAGCUGAAUAGUCUCGAACCAUCCACUCAGACAAGCUGGUCUCCCUCCAACCAGAAACCAGAACAUCACAUCCAUCGUUCCCGAUGGAGGACCAUCCCCAGCAGCAAGCCAGCGUGACGGUGGACAUCGAGGCGAUCGAGAACCAGAAGGAGAACAUCCAGCCGAUCAAGUCAGGCCGAUCGGCUGCCCAGCUAGUCUCACUCUUCAACCCCAAAGCAACCUCGUCUUCUGCUGCUUCAGCACUCGCUCAUUCGGCCUCGAACGCUCACAACCCAAUCAACCUCAUCGAAACCCGCAAACGAUCUCAUGAGAAAUUUCAGCAUCAUAUCCGUCUCCUCGAGGAUGCUUUGGAAUCAAAACCAAUCUCAAAUCCUCACGAUAAAUCUCUGGCAGAAGAGUUGAUGAAAGACCCCUUAGAUAUCUAUCUCCAGUACAUUCGUUGGACGAUCGAGGCUUAUCCAGCCGGAGGAACGAGUGGCGAAUCUAAACUGAUCCCCCUAUUAGAGCAAGUGACGCGGAAAUUCAUGAAGGAUGAGAGAUAUCAACAAGACAUCAGAUACUUGAAGUGCUGGAUAUUCUAUGCGAAUCAAGUCAACACCACCACCACCACCAGCGACCAAAAGGGCUUAUCAUCAACCAUCGUCCCCAACAAUACCUCGUCGAAAUUGGUGUUGAAUUAUGUGAUUCAUCAUCGGAUCGGGACCCGAUUCGGCCUGCUCUAUCUGGAAUACUUCAAGCUCUUCAUGCCGCUUCAGAGAUUGGAAUCCAACGAAACCGACCGGUUCAAGCUGGAACAAGUCCUGAAAUUCGGGAUCUCUCAGACGGUGGAGGAUGAGCUGAACCAUCACCAACUGGUCGAGCGACUCCACCAAAUCCAGUCAAUCGUCAAGAAGAAGGCCGAUCAUUCAAAGUGCAACCCAGAAGAAGAGGGCUCGAAAAGGCCCACGAAAGCAGGGCCCAAGAUGAGCAACACCAACAAGGCCAAGACGAAGAUGAAGAUCUUUGAAGACCAGGAGGGUCAUGCGGGUGCGAGUUGCGAUCGCGUGGACCCACAUGAUCAGGGAGCAGGCCUCGGCGAAGCCCUGCCCGAGCCCCCGUUCUCGUUGGUCUCCAAGUGGGAUAACCUCGGCACCGUCCAUUCCAAUCGCAAACAGAACACCCUCAAUCCGUCCUCCUGGAAAGGCCAGAAACUGCCCAUGAAGAUCGCCAAACCUUCAGCUGCUAUCUCUCACCACUCCCCUCUCAUCGUCACUAACCUCGAUCAACCCCCGGCUUCUUCAACUAGGUCUAAGAUUAAAGUCUAUGAGGAUCACUUUUCAGAUGAUGACUCAAUAUCUCCGAAGCAAGAUAAGAUAUCAGUGGAAGAACCUGAGGUACCAAGUAGCAGCUCGACGACUUAUACCGAUCAAGGUCCCCAGCAGAGUGGGGAGGAGGAGGCGAUGAUCAAUCCGCAUCUGCUGGACGACCUGUUGACCUCGGAGAUCGAAAGCCAAGCGCAUGCUAUCCAUAACCAAGUUUCGAUCGAUCAUCGUGACCAAUGCCAAGUCUUGAACUUCGACCCGCUCCGAUUCCUUUCCUGAAAAUAACUCUUGUUUUUUUUUUCUUGGUUCUAAUAUUGGGGAUGUAUAUUUUUUUUUAAAAAAAAAAGAGGGGGGUGGGUGGUUGGUAUAUAUGAUGAAUGGUGAUGGGGUAGGUUUACACGAAUAAUGCCUCUUUGUAUUUUUUGGGGGUUUUCUAUAUACAAUUGUAUUAUUUUUGUUCUAUUUCCUUUUUUGUUGUAAAUUGGG